AUGGAUUUAAUGUACAUCUACAGCAAGCUCUCCUGCUGCAAGACAGAUAUGUGCAACAGCGGACCUCCCGAAGGUAAGUAUCAUCAUCAGGAAAGAUGGUUUCACAAAACUCAAGCAAUGAGAGAGGUCAAAGAAAGACAAACAAGUUUUUGGCAGUAUCCUGAUGUCAGGGACUGGCUAGACAAGGAGGAGUGGUGGCAGCCAGUCGCUCCAGGAGGUGCCUGAGGGUGGCACUAGGAAAGAAGAUUUCAAACCUGAUUCAGAUUGGUGGGACAGGGAGGAGCCACUGACAGAGGGAACCAGAAGGGGAAGCAUUGGAGCCAUAGUAUGGGGGUGGCGGGAAAUAAUACAACAAAACCCAAAAUCCCAAUAAGAUUACUAGAACAACAUGCAGCAUUCAUUAGCAAAAAUUACAAGGGAGCGUCACAGUUUUACCUUAGUCCUAGAAAUACCCCUCCCAUAAUGUUACUCACAGUUCCUCUCCUGUAGCAGCUUCUGGUAUUUACAUCCUAUGCUUUCCUCCAAAAAGCUUGAGCUCCCGCUCACCAUUUUAGCCUCAAAAUAUCCAGUAAAAUAGGUUAUGCUGAGAGAUGGUUCCGGCCCCAGGCCACUCAGCAAGUGUCAUGGCUACAGUGGAAUUUGAACCCUGGUCUCCUAGAUUCUAGUCCAACCGUCUAACCACUACACCUCACUGGCUCAUUGGUUUCCCAGUGCUCUAGCCCCCAAACCUGCACCAACCCACUUUCUUUGAUGCAUUUGCAUUUGUAGAGAUAUUUUUAGUGGGACAGGCCCCUGUCCUUCUUGUGUGAGAGGGAACUGAUUUCUUUUAGGUUUGCAUCCAGAGAAUUAAUAUCUUCAGGUAAAAGCAAAUGAUAAUACAGAUCUAUUAGAUGCAAUGGGCUCCUGUGCCACUUAAUUACUAAGCUAUAGAGGAACAGUAUCUACACAAAGGGGAGAACAAGCAGGCGGUGCAAAAAUGAGCAUUCACACUUUACACUGCUGGUGCCCUUUGCGGGAUCGUGUGUGGUGCUACAGUUCCCAGGGAGCUUACUGGCAAACGGGCUGGCUUGCCUCUCAGUGUUAAUUUCUGGAGGUUCACACCCAGCCUCAGUAAUCAAGUUUCUUGCUGGGAGGUGGAGCCAGCCCCAUUUAUAAAUAGGGUCUGGAGCUGACAAUAGCCAGGCAUUCGGCUCCGGAGAUUCACCCUCCCUACCCUCCCUUUGUUUAAUGUUUCUUGUUUGCAGGUUAACUUUUUCUUCCUGUUUAGUAGGUGCUACUACGGUCUUUGACUGGUUGCUGUUGAAGGACUGGGAAGAAAUUUUCUUGCAUUGGCAGGUUUUGUCUUCCCCAUAGCAACUUGUCACAAUGGUUAUGGCCUUGGGUGGAAUUAUUUAGUCCUUUCUUCCCUGUAAUGGGGGGGGGCAUAAAGGGUGGCUCACCCCCCUGUGGUGGCGAUUCCAGGUUCCCUCUUAAAGGGGUUAUAUAUAUGGGUCUCACUGGCCAUACACUGAAAGGUUGUCAGUGAACUACCCUGUGUGUGGGGAUAUGGGCUUGGCUGCCUGCUACACUUAUGUCUCGCAGAGCACCCUCCUAUCCCAUUUACCUUGAUGAGCCCCAGUUCCCCCCGGUUGGGGGGCCGGGAGGGAUACACGCCCAAGACCUAAGCCAAGGUCUUCCUACAUAAAAUUGUGGCCUAAUUUUAAUUCCAUAUAACGUUGUCAGAGAUCCUGCUUUUUACAUCUUACCUUUUCCUCCAAAGUUCUGGAGGUGGCGUGUCUGGCUCUCCUGCUCACCAUUUUAGCCUCAAACACCCAUGUGAAAUAAAUCAGACUAAGGGGCAGUGUCUGGCCCCAGGUCACCCAGCAAGUGUCGUGGCUCAAGUACAGAUUUGAACUCUAGUCUCCUCCCACCCUUGUUCUUGAUGGAGAUGUUCACUCACUCCUCCUUCCUUGGUGGGAGGAGGCACCAUUUUGUGGUUUGCCUUACCAUUUUCCCCACCCUGGUGUAUGCUUUUAUUGAAAGCACUAUAGCAACACUAGGACAAAGAAUUAUGUGAGAGGUAGUUUAUUAAGGGUGCUGAGAAUUUAUAGGAAAACCCCUAACCCCCUCACAGAGUAAUGGAUUAGCAAUCAAACCCCACACAAUAGCUCUUAUUACCUACUAUCUUUAUUGAAAUCAUUAUUAUCUUUAUGAAAUCAUUAUUUUACCUAGAACUAAGCACAUCUUUUUCCAGAAGAGAUUUUUUAAAGGAUAAAACUGCUGAGAGCUUUCUUUCUCUUUCUCUUUCUCGCUCUAAGAAAGAGGGCCAAUUUGUAGAAUUUUAUCAUCGUUUGUGUGCAUCUGUGGCUACCAUUUUGUCUCUCAGAAUGCCCCCCAAUGCUGCUCAGUGCUAAGCCCAAUUGCUUAAAGUGGUAUCCCUGUGCUUGAAAUGUAUGCUGUGAAUGUGGCCCCAGUCAGAAAUCUCUUGCCCCAUGCCUUAAUGUAGCCCUGGAUGAAUGGAGCAUGGCUGAAGCACUCUGCUUGGAGAAGUGCUGGAAGGUGGUACACAUCCCUCUUUGAAGGAGGAGAACAAUUACUGCCCCUUACAUACAGCAAGUUGUGGUUUGCAUCUGCAAAAGAAAUACAUUGACCCCCAUCUUGGGGUGGUGUGGUGAUUGUUUUACAGUUCCUGAGCAUGAGAAGAGGAAGGACAAUGGGCUGAAGUGCCCGAGUUGCUUCGAAUCCCACACAGUCGUGUGUGAGUACAUCAGUACCGUCAACUGUAGAAAUGAGGAGGAUCAAUGCUUCUACUUUGGGGUUCAUUUUACUUUCGGUGAGCCUUGUAUGAUGGAGUGCAGUUGGGGCCCAUCUAUACUAUGCAUUUAAAGCAGUAUCACACCACUUUGAGCAGUCAUGGCUUCCUCUAAAAGACGCUAGGGUACUUAGUUUAUUAAGGGUUCUGAAGUUUAUUAGGAGACCCACGUUAUGUACUGAGCUUAGAUCCUAGAACAAUAGGCAAGUAGGAUCCUAGAUGGCAGCACCCUGAUUGGUCUGCAGGAGCCGCCCAAUCUGGCUCCAGAAGGAAGUGAACCAGCAAGCUGAUUGGCCUGCAGCAGCAGCCCAAUUAGGCUCCAGGAGGGGAGUUGAAUCAGCCAAUCAUGCAGGACCCAUUGUGUAAAUAAUGUAUAUAUAGCCACUCCCUGUUCAUCAUGAGCUGAUAUAAAGAGCAUGAAAUCAACACUCAACUCCGAGUAUAUUUCAGGUUUUAUCUGCUUUUAUUGCUAAUGUAAAUAUUUCUUGUAAACCCCUAGCAGUUUUUACUGCAAUCAAGCAAUAUAUAGAUUUUGUUAAAUAAAAAUACAUCUUAAAAUUUGUACUUUCAUUUGGAAGAGGAGGAAGGAUGGAGACCCACAGGCCCAAGAUCCAAGGGCAUCCCUCUAAGACUCUCUUUCUCUGGCCCUUUGGAUCCUACUUAGCCACACCUCCUCACCCUAGGCCACACCCCUCACAAGCCCCACUUCAUACCCUACCUGCAUGCUAUGGCCUGGCUGGGUUGUUGCCCCUGAACUCUUGGUUACCUGGAGGGAGGACAAAGAGGGGGAUUUGAAUGUAUCUAGAAAAUAGCCUGCCGUGUAAAGGUGAAUUUUACAUAUGUUUCCAUUGGCAUGUGCACCUCCCAGAAGGUCACCCAGAAUCAAAAAAAGCUCUUGGUCUGAAAAAAAGUUGCCCACCCUUCUGUUUGAGGGAGAGGGUUUUGGAUUCCAAAAGCAAAUGUGUGUUUUUUUCCCUAACAGGGGGAGCUGACAUACUGGGCGCUCUCCGAGGCUGUGCAACAGCUACUUUCUGUAACCGGACUGAUUGGUUGUUUGAAUAUCUUUUUGAAAGAUUAAGUAUUGCGGUCAUUCAUGCAGAGUGCACCAAGGCAAUGGAGGACGAUGCCAAUGAGCUUGUAGCUGAGGGAAGGCAAACCUCCACAGCCCAGAAGAACCCGCCAUUUAUGGAAAAUGGCGGCCUAGUGGUUGAAGAGGGGAGGUCUAAGCCUGAGGACUCCCAGGCUUUCUUUCCAGAAGUCUAG